UUCAAGCUCUCAGUCGGUUGUGCGGGAGAAGGGGGCGGUCGGCUUUCUCCUUUCAAGAACGAGUUAUUUUCAGCUGCUGACUGGAGACGGUGCACGUCUGGAGACAGGAGCAUUUCCACUAUGGGACUGGAUACAGACCCACACCCGGCGGACUGCAAGAGUCUCAGAUUGAGGAGAAAGCCCUUCCUGCUGCUGCCACUGCUUCUGAAGAUCCACUCCUUUCAUGGUUUUUCCUGCCAAGCCAGAGGCACCUUCGCUGCUGCCACUGUUCUCUUUGGUGUCAUUCAGCGGCUGGCCAGAGGAUGAGACUCCCCAAACUCCUCACUUUCUUGCUUUGGCACCUGGCUUGGCUGGAUCUGCAACUCAUCUGCACUGUGUUGGGUGCCCCUGACUUGGGCCAGAGAUCCCCGGGGGCCAGGCCAGGACUGGCCAAAGCGGAGGCCAAAGAGAGGCCCCCCCUGGCUCGGAACAUCUUUAGGCCAGGUGGUCACAGCUACAGUGGGGGGGCCGCCAAUGCCAGGGCAAAGGGAGGAGCUGGGCAGACACAGGCCAAGAAAGAUGAACCCAAAAAGCUGUCCCCUAGAUCUGGUGGCCCUGAUACCAAGCCAGGAUCCCCUCCUCAGAUCAGGCAGGCUGCAUCACGGACUGUAACUCCAAAAGGACAGCUUCCUGGGGGCAAAGCACCCCCCAAAGCAGGACCUGUCCCCAGCUCCUUUCUGCUGAAGAAGUCCAGGGAGCCUGGGCCCCCCCAAGAGCCCAAGGAGCCAUUCCGCCCGCCCCCCAUCACACCCCACGAGUACAUGCUCUCGCUGUACAAGACGCUGUCCGAUGCUGACAGAAAGGGAAGCAACAGCAGCGUGAAGUUGGAGGCUGGCCUGGCCAACACGAUCACCAGCUUUAUUGACAAAGGGCAAGAUGAUCGAGGCCCUGUGGUCAGGAAACAGAGGUACGUGUUUGACAUUAGUGCCCUGGAGAAGGAUGGGCUGCUGGGGGCCGAGCUGCGGAUCUUGCGGAAGAAGCCCUCAGACACAGCCAAGCCAGUAGCCCCCGGUGGCGGGCGGGCUGCCCAGCUGAAGCUGUCCAGCUGCCCCAGCGGCCGGCAGCCGGCAGCCUUGCUGGAUGUGCGCUCUGUGCCAGGCCUGGAUGGGUCUGGCUGGGAGGUGUUUGACAUCUGGAAGCUCUUCCGAAACUUUAAGAAUUCAGCGCAGCUGUGCCUGGAGCUGGAGGCCUGGGAGCGUGGCAGGGCUGUGGACCUCCGUGGCCUGGGUUUUGACCGGGCUGCCCGGCAGGUCCAUGAGAAGGCCUUGUUCCUGGUGUUUGGCCGCACCAAGAAACGAGACCUAUUCUUUAAUGAGAUUAAGGCCCGAUCUGGCCAGGACGAUAAGACUGUGUACGAGUAUCUGUUUAGCCAGCGGCGGAAAAGACGGGCCCCACUGGCCACUCGCCAGGGCAAGCGACCUAGCAAGAACCUCAAGGCCCGCUGUAGUCGGAAGGCGCUGCAUGUCAACUUCAAAGACAUGGGUUGGGAUGACUGGAUCAUCGCACCCCUUGAGUAUGAGGCCUUCCACUGUGAAGGGCUGUGUGAAUUUCCCUUGCGCUCUCACCUCGAGCCCACAAACCAUGCAGUCAUCCAGACCCUGAUGAACUCUAUGGACCCCGAGUCCACACCACCUACCUGCUGUGUACCCACGCGGCUGAGUCCCAUCAGCAUCCUCUUCAUUGACUCAGCCAACAACGUGGUGUAUAAGCAGUAUGAGGACAUGGUCGUGGAGUCUUGUGGCUGCAGGUAGCAGCACUGGCUCUGUCUUCUGGGGUAGCACAUUCUGAGAGUCCCUCUUCACACUCUUGGAAUCCCAGCAGGUUGCACUCGAAGCAGCCAGAAGUAUCUACAUGACCUGCAUGAAAGGAGAUUCCAUCAGCCUUGUUUACUCUGAGGGUAACUUGGGCUAAAGCUCCCCUUUAUUCCACAAGUCUCCCUGAAGAUUUCUGCUCUUCUGCUGCUCUGACUGACAGGGACAACCCCAGGGGAUAGACUAUGAAUGAGACACUUAGAAGACAGUGUUUUCCAAUGAGACUCAGCCUGCCGUCUCCCCUUACCUGAGGCUUCUUGGCCUCUGAACUAUCCAGGGGACCAGGUGCUAGUCCAAGCAUCUCCUGAGAGAGCCACUGGUGCCAUUUCUUCCUUGAGUCACUUUUGUGCCUGGCGACUUUCUGCCCUUGAGGCGGAUGAGACGCUGUUUGGGCUGGGGUUGGAGAUAGCGGGAGAGGGCUUGGGCAGAGGUGAGAUGUAUGAGGCCAUUAAACUGUUAGAUUAAAAUGUACAUUAAUGACAUAAAAAGCAAAACUGUUCCUAAAA